CCCCACCCACCAACCCCACCCACUCAGUGAGGUGCUGCUGUAACGGACUCUGGUAGACGGUUCCAGUCCCUCACUGACCGAGCUAAGGUGUUCUUAUAGAAACUGGUGUGUGGAUGUCCAAAACAGUGCCCCCUCAAGUCCUGGCAUCUCCAGAUGAGUCAGCGACAUCCAGGAUGCUUUAUCAGUGCGUAUCAAAACAUAAAAAUCCUGUUAGAUACAUCAAAAGACGACAAAGUCACGAAAAAUGAGGGAUACAAGCAACUCCAGGAGCUGGAGAACAGGGCACUGGAGUAUCAGAGAGAAUCCAGGAAUAUGGACAGUUUGAACGUGUCGGAAGUUUACCUGUCCGAGGCUCGGGAGAGAUUCCAGAUUCUCAGUCAGCUGAUUGUCCACGGUCACAACGUGUUUGACCAUGCCUUGGACGAAUUUCAAUUCCUCAUUCUUCUGUAUGCGGCUCAAAGUAAACGCCACGGAGAGCUUCUAAAAUCCAAAGUGAAUAAGAGGGAGGGUAUUGAGGUCGUGUUGAACACCGUGAAGGAGAGGAACGACACCACCUUACGUAGAUACAGGUACGCUGAGAGCGACUACAAAGACCUGCUGAGCAUCGAAAAGAGGUGGCUUAAAUUCAAGGCUCGAGAUGAGCGUGCCAGGGAAAUGGAUCUCAUGAAUCCAAGAGAUGUAACUAUGGAUGAAAGGCGUUACAAACAUCUGAGAAACUUCAUAAAGGAAGAAGUACCCGAGAAUUCAGAAAAUGCAGAUGCCCAAAAGGAGCUUGAAGACCUGCUACUUACAGACAGGAAAUAUUUUGCUCUCCACCCGGAUGAAGAGACAGUCGUGAUGACAACUCCCGAACUUGUACGGAAACCGUCCAAACGGACAAAAACCCUGGAUGAAGCUUCACGUCAGCCCCAUAGAGGUACACUUCAUCGAAGCACUUCGCAGGCUAGUCUAUCCAGCGAGGAAGGCGACAAGAGAUUAGAUGAGAAUGAGAAGAAAAUUGCCGUGUCCAUGGAAAGACUAAAAGAGUCGGCACAGCGCGAGCAGCAACUUCAAGCCAAGAUAGAAGAGCUCACAACAAGAUUAAGCAGUUUCGCGAGUCGACAACUCAUAGAAGGAAAUCCUAAUAUUGCCGACCUGAGUGACCCCAACAGACCCACAAAACUGAGCGAAAAAUUCAACAACGUUUAUGACAAUGAGUGGUCCGACGCUUUCGAGGAGUUGCAAGACAACGAUAAAAGCGAGGACGAAAUCGUUAAACUCUUAAUGCAUAUUAUUAUAAACGCGGAAAAAUUCUCCAAAGACAUUAAAGAACAGCAGCUUCAACACUUGAUGGAUUCCAUGCGAUUUUCUAUGGUUCAUGUGAAAUGGACAAACAAUGACCAGGAUAUCAGAGUUGAUGAAAAAUCCACUACACAUAAGUCGAGCGUCUUUUCCUCCGCUACAAGACAUGCCAAGGAGUUCCAAAAGUCCUCCGCUAGAGCGUCCGUCCCAUCCCUGUGUGUGAUGUUCAAAGAGAUGUGCAUAAAAGAGGGAUGCAACCUGAAUUACAAGAAGUUCGUGCACGUGGAGCAGUACAUAGACAAAGUGGUGGAAUAUUUGUGGCUGAUGACGGUUCAGGAUCCGCCUAUGUGUAUCUGCUGGCAGAAACAGGGCGAACAGAUGGACAAGAAAUCGUACAAGUACUACGAGAAGAAGGGGGACAUCGUGCACCUGACCGUGUGGCCGGCCGUGACCCUGUACGAUAAAGGACCUCUAGUAAGCAAGGGCUUCAUCUGGCCCCAAUAAAAGACUUCCGUCACCAGUUAAUGAAUUGAUAUAAGCCUGGUACUCCUAACAGUUAUCUCCAUCCAUUACGAGAUAUAAUCAUUAGUAACUGACAAGUGUAGUUGUUUUAUUUCAAUAUCUUAUACAUUUAUUUAUUAUCAAUUGCAUAUUUCUGAGAACAAUUGAAUUAUCAAGAACUAGUUUUAGUAUUUUGACUAUAUGUUGAUGAUUUAAUGUUUUGAUGAUUUUUCAACAUAAUCCCUAUGUAGACAGGUAUAUAUAUAAGUUAUAACGAAUUUUUAUAUACUUUGGAUGUUUGUCUUGGUUACCAAUGGUUACUGUUGCUGUGACUAAACCAAUCAUGCGAACACCAAUGAUGAAAUUAACAGUAUUCAUAUUAUUGAUGAUACAGAGAACUUUCAUUAAAUGGUAUAUCUGAGAAGAAA